AUGGGCUUCACAACUGGCUUCCUCGGAGGUGUAACCCUCACUUCUGCCGUCCUAUACCUCACCAUCUCGCUACAUACUCAGAAUCGCACCACGCAAGCUGCGCUACUACGACAACAGCGUCAAGUCCUGGCCGGAUUAUACGAGCCCAAGGAACCAGAGCCGGAGCCUGCAUAUCGCGAAGUUCCCAUGGGCUUGGCGGAGAUGGCGAAGGAUCGGUGGAAUAGAGAGCUUGAGGGUCUGGUGAAGAAGGUGUAUGAAACGGAUUGGAGGAGGGUCAGGGAGAGGGGGGAGGAUGGCGUGCUGGCGAUGCUGGAGAGGGUCAAAGGAAGCACGAAGUGA